AUGUAUCGAGGUGUUCAAUCUUGUUUGGCUGUUCUUUGCUGAAUGAUGGGAAAUGCGUGAUUUGGUUUAUUUCUUGUGUCUGAUUUUAGUUCAUCUUCUAUAGAUGCAUAUAUAUGGUUGUCAAUGAAAUUAACAGUCAGCUUUAUUUCUGAAUUUGAAAUUAUUGAGGUUAUGGAUUUGUGGGGAGGUCUAUUGAAAUUGAAGUUGAGAUCUCGAGCCUAUUGGUUUGUAGAAUUUCAAGAUACUGAGUUCGAAGCUCUUCACCAAAGGCAUUAAAGUAGAUAAUAACAAACAGGAACCAUAAAACAUGUUUUCUUUGUUUUAUGGACUAUGGAAACACAUGUUCGACAAGAUGGAGUUUCAUGUUCUUAUCCUUGGAAUUGACAAGGCCGGCAAGACGACCUUACUGGAGAAAGUGAAGUCAAUAUACUCGAACUUGGAGGGCCUUCCACCAGAUCGGAUUGUUCCAACUGUAGGACUCAAUAUUGGUCGGGUUGAAGUUUUAAAGACAAAGCUCGUGUUCUGGGACCUGGGAGGUCAGCCGGGCCUUCGCUCCAUUUGGGAAAAAUAUUAUGAAGAAGCACAUGCAGUAAUUUAUAUAAUUGAUGCAGCCUGUCCAUCUCGUUUUGAAGAAUCAAAAUCUGCUCUAGAAAAGGUCCUUCGUCAUGAAGAUUUGCAAGGAGCUCCCCUUCUGAUUUUAGCAAACAAGCAGGAUCUCAAAGAUGCUAUAUCUGUUGAUGAACUUGCUCAAUAUCUAGACCUCAAAAAAUUGGACGAGAGAGAAUUUACAUUUCAAGCCGUUUCAGCAUAUGAAGGGAUGGGGAUCAAAGAAAGCGUGAUCUGGCUCAUAGAUGCUAUGGAGAGAAGUAAGAGAACCGAAACAUUGAGAAUUCGAGCAGGAUCCAAUGUUAUCUAGAGGUGAUAGCGUUGCAAUGAUGACCCUUAUCCCACCCCUCCCUGGUUUAAUUAUAUUCGUGUUUUGCUUGACAUAUACAUUGGAUCGAUACAACAUGAUUUAUACACUAAAGUAUUGAUACAAAUAUGUGUAGUUUCAUCACCACAUAAUCGAACAUAUAUAUUUAAAGCGUGCGAAAGAUGAUUUUGAUACA